AUGAUGUCUUAUCUAAAGCAACCGCCUUACGCAGUCAAUGGGCUGAGUCUGACCACUUCGGGUAUGGACUUGCUGCAUCCCUCCGUGGGGUACCCGGGGCCCUGGGCUUCUUGUCCUGCAGCCACCCCCCGGAAACAGCGGCGGGAGAGGACUACAUUCACCAGGGCACAGCUCGACGUUUUGGAAGCUCUAUUUGCCAAGACCCGGUACCCAGACAUCUUCAUGCGAGAAGAGGUGGCGCUGAAAAUCAACUUGCCCGAGUCCAGGGUACAGGUAUGGUUUAAGAACCGAAGAGCUAAGUGCCGCCAACAACAGCAGCAACAACAGAAUGGAGGUCAAAACAAAGUGAGACCUGCCAAAAAGAAGACCUCUCCAGCUCGGGAAGUGAGUUCUGAGAGUGGAACCAGUGGCCAGUUCACUCCCCCCUCUAGUACCUCAGUCCCAACCAUUGCCAGCAGCAGUGCUCCUGUGUCUAUCUGGAGCCCGGCUUCCAUCUCCCCACUGUCAGACCCCUUGUCCACCUCCUCCUCCUGCAUGCAAAGGUCCUAUCCUAUGACCUAUACUCAGGCUUCAGGUUAUAGUCAAGGAUAUGCUGGCUCAACUUCCUACUUUGGGGGCAUGGACUGUGGAUCUUAUUUGACCCCUAUGCAUCACCAGCUUCCUGGACCGGGGGCCACACUCAGUCCCAUGGGUACCAAUGCAGUUACCAGCCAUCUCAAUCAGUCCCCAGCUUCUCUUUCCACCCAGGGAUAUGGAGCUUCAAGCUUGGGUUUUAACUCAACCACUGAUUGCUUGGAUUAUAAGGACCAAACUGCCUCCUGGAAGCUUAACUUCAAUGCUGACUGCUUGGAUUAUAAAGAUCAGACAUCCUCAUGGAAAUUCCAGGUUUUGUGA